GCAGCCGGCAGAGCAGCCGCGGCGGUGCCACGAGUAGUAGGAGCAGCGGCGGCAGCUUGAGAGCCUGGCAGCCAGACGAGCGCAGAGGCGGCAGCCGCUUGGCAGCCGGGCUCAAGGUGCAAAGUGCCAUCUUCAAAAAGGAAUGCUUCUGCCGACAUCCUUCUAAUUGGUGUUUGCCCCCCACCAAACUCAAAUCAUGGUGAUCAUGUCAGAUUAUACAGCCGUUCCCACCUCAAGCCAAAGCCACCAAAAGCCUCUUCGGGUUGGAUUUUAUGAUAUUGAGAGGACCUUGGGAAAAGGCAAUUUUGCUGUGGUCAAACUUGCCAGGCACAGAGUAACCAAAACGCAGGUUGCAAUAAAAAUUAUAGACAAAACACGGUUAGAUUCAAGCAAUCUGGAAAAAAUCUAUAGAGAAGUUCAGAUAAUGAAGCUAUUGAAUCACCCCCACAUAAUUAAACUGUAUCAGGUUAUGGAAACAAAAGAUAUGCUUUACAUUGUAACCGAAUUUGCAAAGAAUGGUGAAAUGUUUGAUCACUUAACUACACGUGGGCACCUGAAUGAACAUGAAGCUCGGAAGAAAUUCUGGCAGAUACUUUCAGCUGUGGAGUAUUGUCACAGCCAUCACAUAGUACACAGGGACCUCAAAACGGAGAAUCUUCUCUUAGAUGCUAACAUGAAUAUCAAGCUUGCAGACUUUGGAUUUGGAAACUUCUACAAAUCUGGUGAACCUCUGUCGACCUGGUGUGGAAGCCCACCUUAUGCAGCUCCAGAAGUUUUUGAAGGAAAGGAAUAUGAAGGCCCAUAUCUUGAUAUAUGGAGCCUUGGUGUGGUGCUGUAUGUCCUUGUCUGUGGUUCUCUCCCAUUUGAUGGACCCAAUUUACCAUCUUUAAGACAAAGGGUGCUAGAAGGACGAUUCCGUAUUCCCUAUUUCAUGUCCCAAGAUUGUGAAAUGCUUAUUCGACGGAUGUUGGUUGUGGAUCCUACAAAACGAAUUACAAUUGCUCAAAUAAAGCAGCACAAGUGGAUGCAGGCCGACCCAUCUCUUCAGCAGCAGCACUCUUUACCCUUCUCCAUGCAGAACUACAACUCCAACCUGGGAGAUUAUAAUGAACAGGUCCUCGGGAUCAUGCAGACUCUUGGCAUUGACAGACAAAGAACGAUUGAGUCUUUACAAAACAGCAGCUACAAUCAUUUUGCUGCAAUUUACUACCUUCUUUUGGAGCGCCUCAGGGAGUACCGUAGCAAUCAAUUGUCGCAUCGCUCAGUAAGCAGUCGCCAGCAAAGACCAAGAAGUUCAGACUUCAGCAACCUUGAGUUGACCCAGGAUAAAAUUGCCAGUGAGAACUUGAGAUCAUCUCUGCUAUACCAUCAGUCUCCGAACCUGAUUCAGUCCCCUUUGCAGGCAGAUAUGGAUUGCGACCUGAACACCCCAUUACAGCCCUUGUUUUUUCCUAUGGAUCCGAACUUCAACACCCUUUUCAGGAAUCGUUCCAUCUCUCCAAACAGCCUCCUGGAAACUACAAUCAGUGAGGAAGUAAGGCAGGACAAGGAACUGGAGGAUGAAAUCAGAGCUUUCAAUCCAAUUGGUUUCCCCAUCAACACAAGUCGAAGGCACACAUUGGCUGGAGUAACAACCCAUUUUUAUCAGCAUUCUCCACCAUGUAUAGUCAUUUCCUCUUCUGCAAGCCCUACAGAAGGAACCAGUUCGGACAGCUGUCUCCCUUCGUCAGCAAAUGAUGGCUCUGAAAUGCUGAGCAACUGUUUGGAAAAUCAAAUGAACCUUGGUCACCCAACCACAGCUAGAGUUACAUCAUCAUUCCUGACUUCCCAUUCAGAUACCCCAGUAUUGCAAACUCAGGGCUGCAGGGGUGGUACUUCUCUGUUGCCUGUCAGUUUCCAAGAAGGAAGGAGAGCUUCUGAUACCUCAUUAACUCAAGGCUUGAAGGCAUUUAGGCAGCAGCUCCGAAAGAAUACUAGAGCCAAAGGUUUUCUCGGACUGAAUAAAAUCAAAGGCCUUGCUCGCCAGGUGUGCCAGUCCUCCUCUGUUCGGAUAGCACGGAAUGGCCUGGGCCCUUUCCAGCAUUCUCAGCAGAAUACCUGCAUAUACAGCAGUGGGGGAAAUGGUAGCAGCAGCAGCAGUAGCAGCAGCGGAAGUGGCAGAGAGAGCAGGAACUUACUUGAAGAGGUGCUCCAGCAGCAAAGAAUGCUCCAGCUACAGCAUCACCAACCAACCUGUCACCAGCCUUCUCAGUCGCACAACAUAGAGCUCGCUUUACAUAACACUCGGUUUCUUCAGCCUCACCUCUUUGGAGUUGCUGUCUCUCCAGUAACUUCAGCUGCUCACCUUCUCGAUACCCAUCUACAUAUUAGUAGCAGUGUAUCUCCAGUUGCCUCUAUGUUUUCUCAACCAAGUCAUUUUACUGUGCAGCCUCUGAGCUAUGACACAGUUACUUUACAGCAUGGGGACUGUGAAAUGGAGGAUCUUACUUCAAACCAGAUGGGGAAAUUUGUCUUAGUCAAAUGAGAUUUUUCUUCUGUUUUCUUGAUCAUCAUCUUCAGGAGAGAGCAGUUCUAUUACUAAAACCUACAAAUGAGAGAUUUUAUUUUGCUAAGUGAAUAUCAGAAGCAAUAACAUGUUUGAAAUAUGUGAAGAGGCCAUUCAUUUGAAGAAGCUCAUGUCUAUAAAACUGAAAAAGCAAUACUUAGGUCCUUUGGCUUCAAUAUUCUUGCACUGAACAAAUAUAAUGAGAAAACCUUUUUGUUUAGUAGAAACUAAUGAGUCGGGGGGGGGCAAGAGGAAAAUAAUGGUUUUCUGGUACUGUAUUAAAGUCAGAUCUGCUGUUAUAUAAGAGUAAAUGGUUGUUUCUGGUUCUGUUGUAACAGGAAAAGCCUUUUCAAAGAAGUGAUUAGUGUUAUGGUAUUCCAAUUCACUUCACUUGUUUAUGGAUUUGUGAAGAUGAUUACCUCUUAUAAAAACUAUCACGAAAACUCACAGUAGCAUUAUGCAUUGUAGAAAUAUAAUGCUCAAAGCAUCUCCACUUUUUAUGUUCAUGCUAAUAAAACCAACACUUUUCAGUUUUUCUUCCCUACUCAGAUGAUCAUAGCUUGAUAAAACUGUGAACAUUUUGCUUAGUAACUCUCCUGUAGAAGCUAAGAAAAAUUUGUAAUUACGAGAAACAGUUAACAUUAUAAGCAACACUGAGGAUUUUGUUCUGAGACUACAAACUGUUUUUCUGUCUUUGUUUCUCUUUAGCAAGAGAAACUUAAGAAUAUAUUAUGUAUUGGCUUGGAAUUGCUCAUAACUGCUUUAGGAAAUAUUAGGGUGAAAUAGCAAGAGCUGUUGGGGUGGAAAAUAUAUAAACAAAAGUUUUGUUUCGUUUUCCUUCUCAAGCCAUGACCUCACUUUGAGGGUGUGUGCUAGGCAUAAUGUUUUAUAAUGCUGUACACAUUUAUUGCUGCUACAAAUGAAAUUUUUAUGCAUUUCCUUUCAGGGUCCAAACUGAACUGGCUUGUUGGGAAAAAGUGCAAUAUUUUAAAAAUAAAACAGUUAUUUUGGCAGUUGAAAGAAUAAGAAAGCACAACAGUGAUUUUUGAACAAAUUAGUUACAAUGGGAAGAACAGCACAACUUUGGGGUUUUGUUGCUUUGUAUCUGAACAGAUUGGUUUUUCUAAAAAAAAAAAACUAGAUUUUUUAAUGUGUAGUUUAAUAUGGUCUGUUGUGUGCACACAUAACAGGAAUUGGAAAUCAUGACACACUACGAGAUAGCCUUUUGAAUAAGCUCUUUUUUUUUGGUUCAUGACGUAUUGUCUCUUACCAUAUGGUGGCUUCUAUCUACAUUGGUGGAAGCCAGGCAUAGUUUGGCACAGAAAGGGAAGAUGGUGGCCAUCCUCCGUCAGUGGGUAGAGGAGGAUGAAGAAGUAGGUUAGGAGCAGGUGAGCAUGCGGUGAGCCAUCUGGGCUCCGAGUUACGAUUUGGAUGCCAAAACUAGUUCAUCCUGUCUACUUCUUUAAGGACCCAUCUCUCUAAAAAUAACUCGGGUGCCUUCAAGUUGCUGCUGCUUUGUGCAGCCUGCAGUGUUAUAUAUGUAAAAAAAGAAUAUAUAAUAUAUAUAUAAAUAUAUAUAUAUAUAUAUAUUAAACAAAUAAACCAAAGAUUGUCUGGCAGAUGGGAAGAGGGGACAGGUAAGAUGAUAUAUGUUCAGUGACUUUGUUUGUGACUCUUGAGUUUCAUUCAUUCAUGUAUAGUGUCUGCACGUCUGGGACCUUGGGUUGCUGUUUCUGCUGCUGCUGCUGCCUCUUUGUUUUGUAAGAUCUUCAAGGUGAAGCUAAAUUACUUCGUGUAAUCUCUGACUGGUGCCUUUCAGCAAAAAAAAAAAAAAAGUAAGAUAAAA